AUGGAUGGUCCAGAUCUUACCUUUGGUUUUGUUUUGUGGCAGGAGUUCAUGGAAAAGUGGAAGAUGAUUAUCACUCUGCAAGAUCCACGGUCAAAGUCUGGUCAAUAUCUCCUUGCGCAUAUUGCUGCACUAUCAGAUUGGUGCAGCCAAUUGGAAUAUCCAAUGGGAUGGACGAAUCUCCCUCCUAAUGACGGAGACGCUUGA